GGGGGUCCGGCCGCCGGCCUUGAAGCGGCCGAGGCGCCGCUCUGUGCGCAGCAUGAGGGGCCCGCGGCCGCCGCCGGGAGAGCUGUGUUUGCGAGAGCAGCCCGCGGCGUGAGAGGGCUCGGCUGGACUUUCCCUCCGGAGCCGGCGGCGGAGCAGGUCCCGGUGACCCCGGCCGGGAGGCUUCCGAGCGCUCGGCAACAUGGCUUCCCCGCCCCACCAGCAGCUGCUGCAGCACCACAGCACCGAGGUGAGUUGUGACUCUAGCGGAGACAGCAACAGCGUGAGGGUCAAAAUCAACCCCAAGCAGCUGUCCUCCAACAGCCACCCGAAACACUGCAAGUACAGCAUCUCCUCCAGCUGUAGCAGCUCCGGGGACUCAGGGGGUGUCCCCCGGAGAAUGGGCGCCGGAGGCCGCCUGCGCAGGAAAAAGAAGCUGCCUCAGCUGUUCGAGAGGGCCUCCAGCCGGUGGUGGGACCCCAAAUUCGACUCCAUGAACCUGGAGGAGGCUUGCAUGGAGCGCUGCUUCCCGCAGACCCAGCGCCGCUUCCGGUAUGCGCUCUUCUACAUUGGCUUCGCCUGCCUUCUCUGGAGCAUCUAUUUUGGGGUGCACAUGAGAUCCAAACUGACUGUCAUGGUAGCCCCUACUCUGUGCUUCCUCGUGGUGUGUGUGGGCUUUUUUCUGUUUACCUUCACCAAGCUGUACGCCCGGCAUUACGUGUGGACCUCGCUGGUUCUCACCCUCCUGGUGUUCGCCCUGACCCUGGCUGCCCAGUUUCAAGUUUUGACGCCCUUCUCAGGACGAGUUGAUAGCUUCAAUCAUACUUGGGCAGCCAGGCCCACAGACACUUGCUUAUCUCAAGUGGGGAGCUUUUCCAUGUGCAUUGAAGUGCUCUUUUUGCUGUACACCGUCAUGCACUUACCUUUGUACUUGAGCUUGAUUUUGGGAGUGGCCUAUUCUGUUCUUUUUGAGACCUUUGGCUAUCAUUUCCAAGACAAAGCCUGCUUCCCCUCACCUGGAGCAGAGGCCCUGCACUGGGAGCUGCUGAGCCGAGCCCUGCUCCACGUCUGCAUUCACGCCAUUGGGAUCCACCUGUUCAUCAUGUCCCAGGUGAGAUCCAGGAGCACCUUCCUCAAGGUGGGCCAGUCAAUUAUGCAUGGAAAGGAUCUGGAAGUGGAAAAAGCCCUGAAAGAGAGGAUGAUUCAUUCUGUGAUGCCAAGAAUCAUAGCUGAUGACUUGAUGAAGCAGGGGGACGAGGAGAGCGAGAAUUCUGUCAAAAGGCACGCCACCUCCAGCCCCAAGAACAGGAAGAAAAAGUCUUCCAUACAGAAAGCCCCUAUUGCCUUCCGCCCGUUUAAAAUGCAGCAGAUCGAAGAAGUCAGUAUUUUAUUCGCAGAUAUCGUGGGCUUCACCAAGAUGAGUGCCAAUAAGUCUGCCCAUGCCCUGGUGGGGCUCCUCAACGAUCUGUUCGGCCGCUUCGACCGGUUGUGCGAGGAGACCAAGUGUGAGAAAAUCAGCACCCUGGGAGACUGCUACUAUUGUGUGGCCGGGUGUCCCGAGCCUCGGGCCGACCAUGCCUACUGCUGCAUCGAAAUGGGCUUGGGCAUGAUAAGGGCUAUCGAGCAGUUCUGCCAAGAGAAGAAAGAGAUGGUGAACAUGCGCGUCGGGGUUCACACGGGGACUGUCUUGUGCGGCAUCUUGGGCAUGAGGAGGUUUAAAUUCGACGUGUGGUCCAAUGAUGUGAACUUGGCCAAUCUCAUGGAGCAGCUGGGAGUGGCUGGCAAGGUUCACAUUUCCGAGGCCACCGCAAAAUACCUAGAUGACCGGUACGAAAUGGAAGAUGGGAAGGUCACUGAACGCCUCGGCCAGAACAUUGUUGCUGACCAGUUGAAAGCGAAGCAUAGCAAAGCAGCUCAUGGAAAGUAAUAUAACAUCUUCUGUGAUUUGCAUGGCUGGUGAAACAAAGUGAAAAGGAAAAACAAUCUACUUUGUUCUGGAAGACAGCGUUGACUCUGGGUACAUAUGUUAUCUGACCUGAGAGAGAAUUUCACCUCAACAAAGGCCCAACUUGUGAAACUAUAGCUUCCCUUAGAGAAACUGUUAUUCACAGCCCGUUGGAGUCAUAUGUUUUCUACCAGCUAAGGCGACUGACUCAGUGUGUCAGUAAUUGCAGGAGGUUAAAAACUUUUGGAACACCAUGCAAACAAAACAUUUCAAAGGAUUUUUCUGGUCUCUAACACACAUUUCAUAGUGACUUUCUCAGCUGGAAUAACUUAAUUAACUCUGUGUUCUUUCUGGCUCCUGAAAGAAAUUGUGAUUUAUGAACACUUUCAGAGCUGAUGAUUCUAAGAUAACAACUUUGUCCCACUGCCAUUUGAAGUUCAAAUGCAAAUGUUUGCUUUCAUAGCUCUAGUCAUGAUGUUACUUUAUUUAGUAGCUAUUAAAUUUCCAAUUCCAUAUACUCCCCUGGAGGUGUUCCAAUUUGCACUAAGGUUUCUGUUUCUUUCAACAACAUUGGUUAUGGUGUGUGGAAUUUUCCUGAACAAGGAAUAUGAACAAGGUUCUUAGAGUGGCUGAUAUUAAACUUUUCUUUUUUAAAUAACAGCUCUUUUUGACAUAUAAUUCACAUACUGUACCAUUUAAAGUAUGCAAUUCAGUGAUUUUUAAUAUAUUGACAGAUGUGUGCACAUCACCAUAAUCAGUCUUAGAACAUUUUUAUCACCCCCAAAUGAACCUCUGUACCCAUUAACACUCACUUCCCAUUUCCACCUAAACCUCCCAGCCCCUGGCAACCACUAAUCUACUUUCUGUCUCUGUGGAUUUGCCUAUUCUGGACGUUUCAUACACAUGAAGUCAUGCAAUAUGCAGCCUUUUGUGUCUGAUUUCUUUCACUGAGCAUAUUGUUUUUAAGAUUACCUGUGUUGUAGCCUGUAUCAGUACUUCAUCCCUUUGUUUGGUUGCAUAAUAUUCCAUUAUAUGAAUAGAUCACAUUUUGUUUAUCCAUUCAUCAGUUGAUGGAAAAGUGAUUCUUUUUUGGAAAUCAACGAACUGAUUGUUUGAAAAUAAAUUGAAAUGAUAAAAAAGUCUUUUAUUAUUUAAUAAUAUAACUUGACUAAAAUAUGACUAUUUCAUUUUCACUAGUGUUUAGAAGUUUUCCUGAGAGACAUGAUUAAAUGAGAUUUAAUACUGAAUUGUAGUUUCACAUAAUCAGUUUAGUUUUUUUUUUUAACAGCUGUUCUCUUUUCUAAGCUUGAUCCAUGUUGAUUAAAUAUUAAAUUCUCUGAUCCCCUUCCUUUCUCCCAGCCAGUUCCCGAAUAGACAGCUUUGGGAGUAGCAUGUGGUUGACUUUGAAACCAGCCUCAUUUGAUAUUUGUUAGAUAUAAAUAUCAAAUAUAGUAUUAAUAAGUCUUUCUGGAUUUGUCACGUUUUCUGAAGAGCUCAGGAUUUUCCCCUUUAGUCAAUCAGACGUUUUCCUGGUUAAGCAGUUUAAACAUUUGGUUUUGUGUUUCUGAAAUGUAUAAAACAAAUUUUUACCUUCAUAAAAAUGAAA